AUGGCUGCUCCUUUGCCUACCAAUAGCUCAGAAGCACAUCCAAGUCUUGUAUUAUAUACAGGACUUAGGGUUUGGACGGGUAUAUGUCUACCCCGACAAGCAAUAUGGUUGGCCCAGUUUACAGAGUGGGUAGAAGCCUAUAAUAGUUCAGCUCUGGCCCCUAUCCUUCUUAACUCUACUUUGGUUCACGUGUCACUAGAACUAGAAUCAGGUUGGUUCUCUGGGUCUGUCGACACCGAGAAAGAAGCCCGUGCUUUACCACCCCCCCAAGGCCAAAAGAAUGGUCAUGGUAGCAAGGACUGCUUAGGGGCGGCGGCCAAAUCCUUCUUCUGUUUGGAACAUUGUGGAACGAAAGACCAAGGGCGGCAUUGUAUAUCGGUACGAAACAGACUCUGUAAAGGGGAUUCCUCAGAUUCUGGCUUAUUUCCCAAUUUGGGGGGCCCCCCGGGCUUUAGCCCCCCACUACUAAAGAGGCUCUCUCUCGAACGCUGGAGUGUAGUUUAUCAAAUGCAUCAUCUCUACGCUGUAGGUCUUGACGUUGAUACUCGAGCUUACUUCACGGCCGCGACUAUGAUUAUAGCAGUUCCCACUGGCAUCAAGAUAUUCUCUUGGAUAGCUACUCUUUAUGGAGGGUCUAUUCGUUUCACUACUCCUAUGCUGUUUGCUCUUGGAUUCAUCUUCCUCUUUACCAUCGGUGGGCUAACUGGUAUAGUGCUUGCUAACGCAUCAUUGGAUAUCGCCUUGCACGAUAGUGUGCUUCUAAGCAUGGCGUCUACCUUGUUUACUUCCAUUUCCAAACCCUUUAAUUGGGAAUCAGUAGAGCAAUUCUUGGUGGUUGAAACGACGGGGCGGGCGAUAGGUCAAUCCAGGUUAACCAUUGGAGGAAAGAAAGCUCUUCAGUUUAUGUACGUUCUAAUUGAAGUAUUACAGGGGUCUUUAACUUAUGAGGAGUACGUCGAAGUUAAGAGCAACCUAGAUGUGAGCCAGGAGGUAAUUGCUCCUGCAAGUCCUGAUUCACUGCUUACCUUGUGCUAUUUUGAGAACUGGCUUGUAGGCUUCACAACUGCUGAGGGAUGCUUCUGCAUAAGACAGAGUGGAAAUCACUCCUUUUCAAUCUCGCAAAAUUACGACUCUGUAAUCCUGGAGGCGAUAAAGUGUAAGUUCGAACUUCCGAAUAAGUCUCUUCAAACCGUAACGGAUCUCUUUACUCGAGCGGUGAAACCUCUUACCUUUGGGUGGGGAGAAGUUACUUCAGUUUCAUGA